AUGCGGCAAGGGCGUGCUAAGACUUAUCGCAAGCUGAUGUCCAUGUACUGCAUGUCGUUUGGCUUUAGGCAGCCAUACCAGGUUCUAGUCGACUCUGAGAUGUGCAAACACGCCGCCUCCCAACAGCACGACUUCCUGAAGCAACUCGGGGUCGUCCUACAAGGGUCCGUCAAACUCAUGAUCACCCAGUGCUGCAUCCAAGAGCUCUAUCUGCAAGCAAAGGAGCAGCAGCCCGCGGUAGACCUCGCCAAGACGUUCGAGCGGCGGAAAUGCAACCACCGUGUGGCGAUACCUGGGGACGAGUGUAUUGCGAGCCUUGUCGGUGAGACAAACAAACAUCGCUAUGCUAUCGCGACGCAAUCAACAGAACUGCGCUCAAAACUACGCGACGUGCCUGCUGUCCCCAUCGUUCAUAUCAACCGUUCGGUCACGAUACUGCAGCCGCCAAACAAGGCUACGCUAGAAGCGAAAGAAUCUGCGGAGGCGAAAUUGCUUCACCCAUCUGCGCCUGAGAUUGCUGGCCUGCCAUCUACCACCGCUACCGAGCCACCAAAGAAGAAAAAGAAGGGUCCAAAAGGCCCGAACCCCCUCAGCGUGAAGAAGAAGAAGCCGAAGUCUGAGCAACUCAGCAGUCACAACGAGCGCAGGACACCUUUCGCGAGUGAGCAGUCCCGGAUGAGCGGGAAACGGAAGCGAGACGAGCCCAACAUUAACACCGAUAAAGAUCACAAAACCAAAGAUGAGAGUAUACGCGCACGGAAACGACGACGGCGAAGAGGAAAUCAGUCCGGCAUUGUCGUUCUCGAGGAGACGUCGUGA